UUGCGAAUUAGCGCCCGCGCCUCCGGGGUUUGCCUCUCGUCUGUCCCUCGCCCUUCCGCCUUUCGCGCCCCCGCCUCGCCCCUCACAGCCUUCCUUUGAGGGCUUUACCGCGUGUUCAUAGACUACAGCGCACAGCUGUGCGCUUCUCCUUUCUCCUUGCCACCUUUCUUGGCCCUCGAUCUCGUUGUCAUCGCCACAGGUUUCAGCUCAUCGGUCGCGUGAUCAUCUUUCAAAUUGGUACCCAGCUUCAAUACACUUGGCGCACUCAGCAUGUCAUCCUCGCAGCGGUCAGCAGAGGACACGAUGGACGAGGACGACAUUGGUCUUUCCGACUACGAGGAUUAUGAGGAUUACGACGACGAGGAGAUGGACGUUUCGGGAUCCUCGUCGGCCGCCUCGGUGGACGAGGAGGGGGCGCUCGAGGCUCUCGCUUCUUCCGAUGCUGCGCUCGACGAUGCAGGCUUCAACGAGAACGACGACGCAGGAUUCAGCCAGGACUUGGUCAAGAGCGCCAAGAAACCCUAUGAGGUCGAAUACAAGGUACUCAAUGUAGAGAGCAUCGUCAAAGAGCAGAAGAAGGAGGUCGACCAGGUGGCGGGCAUGUUUGUGAUCAAGGAUACCGAUGCCGCUAUUCUUCUGCGUCACUUCGGCUGGAACAAGGAGAAGCUCAUCGAAAAGUACAUGGAUGUGCCUGAGAAGGUCAACGUCGAAGCUGGCGUGCACGAGGACCAGGCGAGGCCCAAGCUGCUCGAACUAGAAGACUUCACCUGCGACAUUUGCUUCCAGUCGGCAGAGGACUUCAAGCCCAAAGCUGGCCAGAGCAAGCCUACCAUCGAGACGCUCGCUCUCGCCUGCAGCCACCGCUUCUGCACAGACUGCUACCGGCAGUACCUCGAGCAGAAGAUCAAGCUUGAAGGAGAGAGCAGACGGAUACAAUGUAUGGAGGAGAAGUGUAACCUCGUCGUCGAUGAAAAGACGGUAGGCCUUCUGGUGGCAGACGACAUUCGCGAGAGAUACAAGACUCUGCUCAAUCGAACCUAUGUUGACGAUGCCCCGAGCUUGCGGUGGUGCCCAGCUCCAAACUGCGAGUACGCUGUGGAGUGCCAUGUCGCUGGUGCAGCGUCGGGUGCCUCUGGCUCGCGAGGCACAGCGAAGCGACGAAAGCGAGACGUGCCGUCCGAGCGCAUCGUUCCGACUGUGAAGUGUCUCUGCGGCUACUCGUUCUGCUUCGCAUGCACCUACGAAGGCCAUGCCCCGGCCGUCUGCGACGUGGUGAAGCUGUGGGUGCGCAAGUGCGAAGAUGACAGCGAGACCGCGAAUUGGAUCCAGGCAAACACAAAAGAAUGCCCAAAGUGCAGCUCGACAAUCGAGAAGAAUGGCGGGUGCAACCACAUGACAUGCCGCAAGUGCCGUUACGAGUGGUGUUGGAUCUGCGCCGGUCCAUGGUCAGAGCAUGGAAACAGCUGGUACAACUGCAACCGCUUCGACGAAAAGAGUGGGACCGAUGCCAGGGAUGCCCAAGCCAAGUCGAGAAUGUCGCUGGAGAGGUAUCUCCACUACUUUAACAGAUUCGCCAACCACGAGCAGUCGGCGCGCCUCGAUCGAGACCUGUACAGCCGGACCGAGAAGAAGAUGGAGGAGAUGCAGUUGACAUCGGACCUGACUUGGAUCGAGGUCCAGUUCCUUAAGAAGGCAGUGGACACGGUGACAGAGUGCCGCAUGACGCUCAAGUGGACUUACGCGAUGGCCUACUACCUGGCCAGGGACAACAUGACGGAGCUCUUUGAAGACAACCAGAGGGAUCUCGAGCGGGCCGUUGAAGAUCUUUCCGAGCAGCUCGAGAAGCCCAUCGAGCGCGAGACGAUUCCGAAGCUCCGGCAGAAGGUGACGGAUCUGACUGUCUACGUCCAGCGCCGUCGUGAGAUUAUGCUCAGCGACACGGCCGAGGGUUUCAACGAGGGUAGAUGGGCAUGGAACACAUCUUUUUAGUAUCUCGUCUAAUCAUCAACGCAUCUGUCCCUGGUCUUCUCUCAUCGGCAUCU